AUGCUCAGCCGCUUCAACAUCACCAAGGGCUACCUCGCCUUUGCGGGCGUCUACUUUUUACUCUUCGUCCUCGGUUUGGCCAUCAUUGGGCUGUACGCGACCGACGUCCAGCGAUCGCGGGAGCUACACACCCAUCUCGACUCAAAAUGGGUCUUUGCCGUCGUUGUCGGAUGUCUCUCUAGCGUCACCUGUCUCGCCUACCUCGUUCCGCUCGUCUUUCACGCGCUCGGCGUCGUCGCGCCGAUCUGGAACCUGGUGCUCUUCAUCCUCAAUAUCACCCUCUUUGGCGUAUUCGCCAAGCUCUUCCUUCAUGCCGACGCCGGCGGCAACGGUGCCGUCACACGCAUGAAGAAUGCCAUCUGGGUAGACCUUACCACCGCCCUGCUCUGGUUUCUCGCUACCAUUGCCUCGGCCGGCUACUGGUGGAAGCACCGCGACGUCCGCUCCCGCUUCACCGGGCGCGCGCAUGUCUGA